AGGAAUGGAAACGAGACCGAAGCCGGAACAAGGCGCGACCAGGCUCUGACGUUGCGCCGGACAACGUCUAGUGCAGGGUAGGUAAAUGGCAAGGGAGAGUGAAGAAUCGGUUAGGUGCCGAUCUAGAUGUAGCCCGACUCAAAAGCACGAGAGAGAACCCACACCGAGAGGAGAGGGAAGCAAGGGUACAUACAGAUGAUGCAUCCAAGACAGACAGAGAACUCAGCAGGAGGAAGACUGCGGAAGAAAAGAAAACAAUGGGCCGAAGAGAGGGAGGAUAUGCAAGUCAAGAGGGUCAAGAGGAGGCUGGGCGACUCACACUGCGGGGUGGCUGGGAGGAUAAAAUCCCAUCAUGAAUCGUGCAACCUUUUCUCCCACACCCGGGCGGCUCGCUGCGUCUCACCGUUCUCCCGAGUGGAGUUCCACAGCCUGACUAUGAUGGCAUUGAAGGGUGACUCUUCCAAUCAGCAAUACGGAGUACAUUGUGGAAAGAAGCAUACUUUUCUGUUUGUCCGCGAGCAUGGCAUUGUUUACGCUUACUUUACUUUAGUGUUGUUUAUUGCCGGGGUCACGGAUGAUAAUCAGCGGGCGGUCGGUCGGUUUGGUGGGGCCUCCACGAGGGAAAUUGAAGGAGAAAAAGCCUGGAGGGAAAGUCUAGAGCCAGCCAGUCAUGGUUCCAAGUUGAUCAUCAGGAACACCAAGCGUCAACAUAGUGAACAUAUUGUACACGUUGUAUGUACAGUACAGUACACCCUGCCAAAACUAUGAUCCCGCCUGCGGUUUCAUCGCCAAUCCACUCCAUCAAACCUUCAAGACAGCCUGCCGUUUAUUGACCGGUUCGUUUGCUGAUGAAAGAUACCCCGAAAUUGCUCUUUUCCCGCCUGGUCAAUACAUUGGCAUGUCACCACCACUCGUCACAGUGCCCCCCACCCAU